AUGGCGGAUUACGAAGAAGGCUACGAGUAUGAUGACUAUGGCGAGGAGGAUGCUGGGAUCACGGCCGAGGACUGCUGGGCUGUCAUUUCAUCGUUCUUCGACGCCAAAGGCUUGGUAUCGCAGCAGUUGGAUUCAUUCGAUAACUUCGUGGUUCACACGAUGCAAGAGCUUGUAGAGGAGAACUCCCAGCUCACCCUUGACCAGAAUAACCCACCCUCCUCAGAUGACCACCCGAUCGCCCUUCGCCGCUACGAGAUCAAGUUCGGCACCCUAAUGUUUACAUCGCCAGCAAUGACCGAAGGUGACGGAAGCACAUCCGUCAUGUUCCCACAAGAAGCGCGGCUGCGAAACCUCACUUAUUCGAGUCCCAUAUACUUGCAAAUGACCAAGAAAGUCUCGGUGGCUGUUGAGCGACCGGUUCCCCUAAACGAACUUGACGAAGAACAAGAGGUCGAAAUGGCUAGGACUGGGGAACAUCCGACAAGACUUAUUUGGGAGAAUGAGGACGGUGAUCCGGAUUCUGGGAAGGAACCGGAACCUGAUAACGUGUAUAUUGGGAAACUGCCGAUCAUGCUUAAAUCCAAGUACUGCAUCCUGAAGGAAUCCGAUGAGGAGGCGCUUUAUGGAUUGAAUGAGUGCCCGUAUGACCAGGGCGGAUACUUUAUUAUCAAUGGGAGUGAGAAGGUUCUGAUUGCGCAGGAGCGGAGCGCUGCCAAUAUCGUGCAGGUUUUCAAAAAGCCGCCUCCGAGCCCAACGCCCUUUGUGGCGGAAAUUCGAAGUGCUCUCGAGAAGGGCUCCCGCCUCAUUUCUUCUAUGACCAUCAAGCUCUUCGCUAAGGGCGAUGGCCAAAGAGGUGGGUUUGGGCAAACGAUCAAAUCAACACUUCCCUAUAUCAAGUCCGACAUUCCGAUUGCUAUUGUCUUUCGGGCACUUGGUGUUGUGUCUGAUGAGGACAUUUUGAACCAUAUUUGCUACGACCGGAAUGACUCGCAAAUGCUGGAAAUGUUGAAACCUUGUAUAGAAGAAGCCUUCGUGAUCCAGGAUCGGGAGGUUGCUUUGGAUUACAUUGGUAAGCGUGGAAGUGGCACGGCAUUAACUCGGGACAAGCGUGUGAAGCAUGCUCGAGAGAUCCUACAGAAAGAGUUAUUACCGCAUAUCUCACAAACGGAAGGAAGCGAAACUCGAAAGGCCUUCUUCUUGGGCUAUAUGGUACAUAGGAUGUUGCAAUGCGCACUUGGGCGACGCGAGACUGACGAUCGAGAUCAUUUCGGCAAAAAACGAUUAGAUCUCGCUGGGCCGCUUCUUGCUAAGCUAUUCCGAGGCCUUUUCCGGAGGUUGACCGGGGACGUCUACAAGUACCUCCAACGCUGUGUGGAGAACAACCGCGAAUUUAAUCUUACACUUGGGGUUAAAUCCACCACGAUCACAAAUGGUCUCAAGUAUUCCUUGGCGACUGGUAAUUGGGGUGAUCAGAAAAAGGCCGCCAGCUCCACUGCUGGUGUGUCUCAAGUACUCAACAGGUAUACUUUUGCUUCCACUCUCUCGCAUUUGCGAAGAACCAAUACCCCAAUUGGCCGCGACGGAAAAAUUGCCAAGCCUCGACAAUUGCACAAUACCCAUUGGGGGUUGGUAUGUCCUGCUGAGACUCCUGAAGGACAGGCAUGCGGUUUGGUCAAAAACCUGGCUCUCAUGUGUUACGUCAGUGUCGGCACCCGUAGCGAAGAGGCGAUUGUUGAUUUCAUGAUUUCACAAAACAUGGAGGUCUUGGAAGAAUACGAGCCCUUGCGGGCCCCCAACGCCACGAAGGUUUUCGUCAAUGGUGUCUGGGUUGGCGUGCAUCGGGAGCCUGCUCAUCUCGUAUCCGCAGUCCAGACAUUGCGACGCAAAUCCAAAAUCUCACCCGAGGUCUCGCUGAUUCGAGAUAUCCGAGACAGAGAAUUCAAGAUCUUCACAGACGCAGGCCGAGUUUGUAGGCCACUAUUCGUUAUUGAUAAUAGCGUCGACAGCACAAACAAAGGCAACUUGGUUUUGAAUAAGGACCACAUUAAGCGGUUAGAGGAAGACCAAUAUAUUCCCAUGCAUCCUAAUCUGGAUGACGAGCAAAAGGAAGCAUUGGGGUACUUUGGAUUCCACGGCCUAAUCAAGGCGGGCGUGGUAGAAUAUUUAGAUGCAGAGGAAGAAGAAACUGUAAUGAUCGUAAUGACUCCUGAAGACUUGGACAUCUCUCGGCAGCUCCAGGCUGGAUACCAAAUCGGACCAGAUGAAAGCGGCGACUUAAACAAGCGUGUGAAGGCCCCAAUGAAUCCUACCGCACACAUAUGGACUCAUUGCGAGAUUCAUCCAAGUAUGAUUUUGGGGAUUUGCGCAAGCAUCAUCCCUUUCCCCGAUCACAACCAGUCUCCUCGUAAUACAUACCAAUCCGCUAUGGGUAAGCAAGCUAUGGGAAUCUUCCUAACCAAUUUUGAUGUACGCAUGGACACUAUGGCAAACAUUCUUUACUAUCCCCAGAAACCACUUGCCACGACGCGAUCUAUGGAGUUCCUAAAAUUCAGAGAACUCCCGGCUGGUCAAAAUGCCAUAGUCGCCAUUGCUUGUUAUUCGGGAUAUAACCAAGAAGAUUCCGUCAUUAUGAACCAGAGCAGUAUUGACCGGGGCCUUUUCCGAAGUCUCUUCUAUCGAGCAUAUACAGACCAAGAGAAGCGGAUCGGCAUGAAUGUCGUCGAACAAUUUGAGAAACCGUUCCGGUCGGACACACUGAAGCUAAAGCAUGGUACAUACGACAAGCUUGACGGCGAUGGCCUUAUUGCGCCAGGUGUCCGUGUCUCAGGAGACGACAUGAUAAUUGGGAAGACGGCACCCAUGGCUCCCGAUGCUGAAGAACUUGGGCAGCGUACCAAAGCUCACACCAAGCGCGAUGCUUCCACGGCGCUCCGAAGCACCGAGAAUGGCAUUGUUGAUCAGGUACUUCUUACAACAAAUGCUGAGGGUCUGCGUUUUGUCAAAGUACGGGUGCGAACAACCAAGAUCCCUCAAAUCGGUGAUAAAUUUGCUUCUCGUCACGGACAGAAGGGUACGAUUGGUAUCACCUACAGACAAGAAGACAUGCCUUUCACUCGACAGGGCAUCGUCCCAGAUCUAAUUAUCAAUCCGCAUGCUAUUCCCUCCCGUAUGACUAUUGCUCAUUUGAUCGAAUGUCAACUAAGCAAAGUUUCAACCCUUCGCGGCCUUGAAGGUGACGCUACACCUUUCACCGAUGUCACGGUCGACUCUGUAUCGAAGCUCCUCCGCGACCAUGGAUACCAGUCACGUGGUUUCGAGAUAAUGUACCAUGGCCACACCGGAAGAAAGAUGAUGGCACAAGUCUUCCUUGGUCCAACGUACUACCAGCGCUUGCGCCAUAUGGUCGAUGACAAGAUCCAUGCUCGAGCCAGAGGUCCUGUUCAAAUUUUAACUAGACAACCAGUCGAAGGUCGUGCGAGAGAUGGUGGUUUACGUUUCGGAGAGAUGGAGCGUGAUUGUAUGAUCUCGCAUGGGGCUGCUGCAUUUUUGAAGGAAAGGUUAUUCGAGGUCUCAGAUGCGUUCAGAGUGCACGUUUGCGACAUCUGUGGGCUCAUGACUCCAAUCGCAAAACUCUCCACACAAAGCUUUGAGUGCCGACCUUGCAAGAAUAAGACGAGGAUCUCACAGGUCCAUAUCCCAUAUGCUGCCAAACUACUUUUCCAAGAGUUGUCAUCCAUGAAUAUCGCGGCGAGGAUGUUCACCGAGAGGUCUGGAAUCUCGGUCCGCUAG